AUGGAUUCCUCUAACUUUGUCGACAACCUACGGGCCUCCCUCCCCGACCUCACUACUCCCUCAUUAGACUCCGAGAUGCCGCCAGCCGAAAGUGACGAUGGGACCGAAGCCAGCCUGAGAGCAGAACUAGCUCUCGUGAAGAAAGAACUGGCGGAGAUGAAGGCGAUGGCAAAGCUCGGAGACUACGCCGGAGGCGUAUUCAACUUCUUAAAACAUGUCGCCCGGACAGAUGCCCGAAUGAAAGGGCUGGCGACAACGUUUGCAGACGGUUUGAGACUCUGGGAGACGUCAGACCAUCAUUCUGAACACGCUAGAUAG